GACACACUUCACUGGGCUUUCUUUUGUGUGUACCACCACACCUUCUUCUUGCAAAAAGACAAGAUUCGCCGUAGGGAAUGCAGGCGCGGGGACGUUCCACUUUCUGAAAUUGGUCCUCUCCCCCCUCCCGCUGAAAGGGAACACAACUUUCAUUCCUUUCAUCAUACGUCGCUCUUGGAUUGGUUGACUAUUGAGGAGUCUCACUGCUUUGCUAGCCAAUCAGGACGCACCGCUUCCUGUAAAUUCGCCUUCUGGGAAGAAGAGGCUUUCUUUUCUUAAGGGAAGAGCGUGGAGGAGGCGUGUUGCCGAGAAGAAUUGGACGCGAAAGAGGACUGGUGCUGCAAUGAACAUCAGAAGAGUGUGCCUGCUAACGCUUAUCCUAGUACUGACGCAGCUUGCUGUAUUAGCCAGAUGCCAAGAGGAGGAGGAACAGGGAGAUUCUGUUGUCAGUGAGGAAAUUGAUGAUGAUGAAGAAGACAAUUCAGAAAUAGAAGAAGAAAAUGGUGUUUUACUGUUGAAUGAUGCAAACUUUGACAGUUUUGUUGAAGGCAAAGAUACUGUACUUCUGGAGUUUUAUGCUCCCUGGUGUGGGCACUGUAAGCAGUUUGCUUCAGAAUAUGAAAAAAUAGCCAAAACAUUAAAAGAAAAUGAUCCACCUAUUCCUGUUGCCAAAAUAGAUGCUACAUCAGCCUCUACUUUGUCAAGUCAAUUUGAUGUUAGUGGUUACCCAACUAUCAAAAUUCUGAAGAAAGGACAACCAGUGGAUUAUGAUGGUUCAAGAACAGAAACUGAAAUUGUGGCUAAAGUAAAAGAAAUUUCACAACCUGAGUGGGUCCCUCCUCCUGAAGCUACAUUGGUUUUAACAAAAGAGAACUUUGAUGAAACAGUGAAUGAAGCAGACAUAAUUCUGGUUGAAUUCUAUGCUCCAUGGUGUGGGCAUUGCAAAAGAUUAGCUCCAGAAUAUGAGAAAGCAGCUAAGGAGCUUAGCAAGCGUAUUCCUCCAAUCCCUCUAGCAAAAGUUGAUGCUAUUGCUGAAACAGAACUUGCAAAGAGAUUUGAUGUGUCUGGAUACCCUUCUCUCAAGAUCUUCCGCAAGGGCAAAUCUUUUAACUAUAGUGGGCCAAGAGAAAAGUAUGGGAUUGUUGAUUACAUGAUAGAACAGGCUGGCCCUCCAUCCAAACAAAUACAGGCCAUUAAACAAGUACAAGAAUUUAUGAAAGAUGGAGAUGAUGUUAUUAUUAUUGGUGUUUUUAAGGAAAGCCAGGACCCAGCUUUUUAUCUCUAUCAGGAUGCAGCUAACAGCUUGAGAGAAGAUUACAAAUUCUACCAUACUUUUAGUAGUGAAAUAUCAAACUUUCUGAAAGUAGAUCCUGGGAAACUGGUGAUCAUGCAGCCAGAAAAAUUUCAAUCAAAAUAUGAGGCGUCAGUACAUAUUUUGGAUAUAAAAGAAUCUACUGAUGUUGCAGAAGUGAAAAACCAUGUGGUGAAACAUGCCCUGCCUCUUGUUGGUCAUCGCAAGACUGCUAAUGAUGCUAAGAGAUAUGCUAAGAAGCCCUUAGUAGUUGUUUAUUAUAUGGUAGACUUCAGCUUUGACUAUCAUGUUGCUACUCAGUAUUGGCGAAAUAAAGUUUUAGAGGUGGCUAAGGACUUUCCGGAAUACACUUUUGCAAUUGCUGAUGAAGAAAACUAUUCUUCAGAAAUAAAAGAUUUGGGAUUGAUUGACAGUGGAGAAGAUGUUAAUGUUGCCAUAUUUGAUGAAGCUGGUAAAAAAUAUGCCAUGGAACCGGAAGAAUUUGAUUCUGAUGUACUUAGAGAAUUUGUUUUGUCAUUCAAAAAAGGUAAACUAAAGCCCAUUGUGAAAUCCCAGCCAAUACCAAAAAAUAACAAAGGUCCAGUGAAGAUUGUAGUUGGUAAAACUUUUGAAUCUAUAGUAAUGGAUCCAAAUUCAGAUGUUCUUAUAGAGUUCUACGCUCCCUGGUGUGGGCAUUGCAAGAACCUAGAGCCCAUUUAUAUGGAAUUGGGUAAAAAAUACAAAAAUCAGAAAAAAAUAAUAAUUGCUAAAAUGGAUGCAACUGCUAAUGAUGUCACAAAUGACAGUUAUAAAAUAGAAGGUUUCCCCACCAUCUAUUUUGCUCCCAGCAACAAGAAGAAUAAUCCAAUUAAAUUUGAAAUUGGGAAAAAAGAUUUGGAGAGCUUGAGUAAAUUUGUUGAAGAACAUGCCACCAAAUUAAGCAGAACAAAAGAUGAACUUUAAGUAGAAUAUUUUUCAGAUUUAAGAAAAAGUCAGUUAAAAUUAUGGAAAAAUUGGGAGCAGUGCAGCAUCUGGAACAAAGUUGGUUUGACAUGGCAAAACAUUACAGUAUGAGAUUUUUGUAUUAUAAAGCAAAUCUGAACACUGCACUUUUUGAUGUGAAAUUUUAUUAGUUUAACAGUUUUGAUCUAAGACAAACAUUUUUUGUGACUCAUGUUCUUAAUACUUUUUUCUCUACAUGAAAACAAAGUGUUAAACUUUCUCAAAUCAAUCAAUGUUUGUUCUAAUUCCAUGUGAUUUCUUAAUGGAAAGAAGGUGAUAUGGACAUAAAAGCACAUGACCAAAUACAUAGCAAUAUAUGAACUGAUCUCUAUGCUGGUCCUAUACUUUCUAUUUCUAUGCAAAACAAAUUUUAGAUGGAAAUAGUGUCUCUGCUUUAUUUUAACAAAUGAUUACAUACAUUCAUACUUCUUGUGAAAUUUAUUUUUAACAAUUACCACAAGAUAAAAUCAAUUCUAAAGUUACAAGAUGCCUGUUCAGUUAUUGCUUAAUCACAGUAAAGUAUCACUAUAUUACAACUUA